AUGGUUGAGACUGAGGAAUGCGUGGUACAGUUAGAGUUCAAUUACGUGACAGAGAAUAUAACGAUAAAAUUUCUGCAAGGUGACGAUUUUAGCACAUCGCCACCAUCUCUGAAUUAUACCAAUACAAAAAAAACUAUUGCGUUUGAUGCCGAAAUCCGUAAAACCGUAGUUGCGUACCACUGUGAUGAUUCUGAUAAUUGUACUGUCGAGUAUGUUCGUACAAGAACGCAAGGAUUUAUAGACGAAAAGGAGAAAAUGAAGUUACUACAAGGUCAACUUACAGCCAUUUUGUACGAUAUGAACACUGUGUCAUCAGAUGUGGAAUGUAAAAUCGGAUUGGCAAUGGAUGACAAUCAAAACUGCACGAAAUGCCAAGCAAAUAUAUUCGGUUCAGACGAUGUUAAGACUCUGAACAGUAGCUCCUGUGGAUUAGACGAUGUUUUUAUUGCUGCAGAUGGUAUUUCAUUGGGGAUCCUUUUUGAAACUACAAGUUACUAUUCGAACUCAAAACUUGUGGAGAUACAUAAUGAUAUAUAUGUCUGUAAUACAACACAUUGUAACGACAACGCUACAUUCCAUGAAGUGCAAGGGAUUAUCAAAUCAAUAGAAUCAAUAACAACAACAAUACCAUCAUCAACAACAACGACAAUGCCAACAUCAACUACUACGAACAAAGGUACGAUGACUGACAUAAAUAUAAUUAUAAAAUUUACGAUAUUAUUUCUAAUUUGUGCGAAUAUAUUUCGGUGGAAAGCUGAUCUUCAACAUUUUUCAUAG